ACGCAACCACAUCCUCAACAACCAUGACUACUCUGUCCUCUACAACUCCGACUACCGAAGUUGCUGCGACUUCUACUCUGACUUCCACGACGACAGAGGGUCUCGAGAAAACUAGGGUCGAUGAAUUGUCUUCUUCUAGUACUACGACAUCUACUACAUCGACCACUACUGAAGAAGCGAUCACGUCGUCAUCAACCCGAACUAUUCUCUCCUCCGGGACAACUUCGACUACCGCGGCUACAGCGACUCCUACUACGACGGAAAUUGAAUUGUCUCCUUCCACUACUACGACAUCUUCUACUUCGACCACUACUGAAGGAGCGACCACGUCCUCAACCACCGCAACUACUCUGUCCUUCUCUACAACUCCGACUACCAAGGGUACUGCGGCUCCUACCACGACGGAGAGUUUCGAGGAAGUUUGGGUCGAUGAAUUGUCACCUUCCAGUACUACGACAUCUAGUACAUGGACCACUACCGAAGAGGCGACCACGUCCUCAACAACUACAACUACUUUGCCCUCUACAACUCCGACUACCGAGUUUACUGCGACUCCUACGACGGCGGAGGGUCUCGAGGAAACUAGGGUCGAUGAACUGUCUCCUUCUAGUACUACGACAUCUUCUACACCGACCACUACUGAAGAAGCGCUCACGUUCUCAGCAACCACAACUACUUUGUCGUCUCCUACAACUCCGACUACCGAAGUUACUGCGACUCCUAUCACGACGGAAAGUCUCGAGGAAGUUUGGGUCGAUGAAUUGUCACCUUCUAGUACUACGACAUCUAGUACAUGGAGCACUACCGAAGGGGUGACCACGUCCUCAACCACCACAACUAGUCUGUCCUCUACAACUCCGACUACUAAGGUUACUGAGACCUUUACUACGACGGAAAGCCUCGAGGAAGUUUGGUUGGAAGAGUCGUCUUCUUCUAGUACUACGACUUCUAGUACGUGGGCCACUACCGAUGAGGCGUCCACGUCCUCAACAACCACAACUACUCUGUCCUCUACAACUCCGACUACCGAG